AUGUCGAAACACACGCAAAAAAAACGACGCGUUUUAAGAUUCCAUUACCAAAUACGCAGAGAGAUUGUGGCGCAUCCAAGUCUACACAUUGACAUAUGAUCUCUUGUAAGAAUCGCAUUCCUUCUUCUUCCUAAUCUCACAGAUCUCUUCUCUUCCUCUCACUUCUUCCGCUAUAUUCAAUCUUCCUCUGCUGAAAGGGUCUUCUCUCUUGGGGGUUUCUGGAGCCUAUUUAAGAUCUGUUUUUGUUACUUGCUGUUUUUGGUUAAAGUCAACUAGAGAGAGUAGAAGUUAUAGAAAUGGAUAAAGAGAAAUCUCCAGCACCUUGUGGAGGUCGUCUCCCUCCUCCAUCUCCUUCAGGUCGCUGCUCACCCUUCUCAGAUAUGAGCCGUAUGCUCGAACACCCACCUAAGAAGAUCGGACACCGUCGAGCUCACUCAGAGAUCCUCACUCUCCCUGAUGACUUGAGCUUUGAUUUUGAUCUUGGUUUGGUUGGUAAUGGUAGUGGUACUAAUGCUGAUGUGCCUUCUUUCUCUGAUGACACUGAAGGAGGUGGGGACUUGCUGUCUAUGUAUCUCGAUAUGGAUAAGUUUAAUUCUUCUACUGCUACUUCUUCUUCGGCGGCUCAAGUGGGUGAGCCGUCAGGAACCGCUUGGAAAAACGAGUUGGUGGUGACGCAUACAGGCUCAACUUCUUCUAAUCAUCAGAACAGUAGUUUUGGGGAAAGGCCAAGAGUUAGGCAUCAGCACAGUCACUCUAUGGAUGGAUCAUUGAGCAUCAGUGAAAUGCUUAUGUCUGGAAAUGAAGAUGAUGCUAAGAAGUCCAUCUCUGCUGCUAAACUUGCUGAGCUUGCUCUCAUCGAUCCAAAACGUGCUAAGAGGAUAUGGGCAAACAGGCAGUCAGCGGCAAGGUCAAAGGAAAGGAAGACGAGAUACAUAUUUGAGCUUGAGAGAAAAGUACAGACUUUGCAAACUGAAGCUACAACUCUCUCUGCCCAGCUUACUCUCUUGCAGAGAGACGCAAAUGGUUUGAGUGUUGAAAACAAUGAGCUGAAACUGAGGUUGCAAACAAUGGAGCAGAAAGUUCACUUACAGGAUGAACUAAACGAAGCUCUUAAGGAGGAAAUCCAGCAUCUGAAAGUGUUGACUGGCCAAGUUGCUGCCCCAAACGGUGCAUCAUCAGCAAUGAACUAUGGGUCGUUUGGAUCAAACCAGCAAUUAUAUUCCAACAAUCAUCAGUCAAUGCAGACGAUGUUAGCCGCACAACAGCUCCAGCAGCUGCAGAUUCAUUCACAGAAACAACAACAGCAGGAGUUUCAGUUUCAACAGCAGCAGCAGUUUCUGCAUCAUCGCCUUCGACAGCAAGAACAACAAAAUGGAAUUGCGGAGAUGGAGAAAACAGAAUGAGAGCUGAGGAAAUACUAUUUAGUGAGAGGCCAUCAACUGCAGUUUUAUGGAUUUGGGAUUUGUUACAUUUUAGGGUUAGCUAACGGGUGCCUUGAGCUACAGGGUAUUGGUGAUUGUGUGCUAAGCAAGCAGAAGCUUUUAUGGUUAGCUCAAAAGAAACAUUAUAUGAGCUGUUUGGAUCUGGUUACUGAGACAGUGAGACGGGGUCUUGUGUCCAAAGUACGUAAAAUGUCUUUUUGAUUACAUCGAAAUCGCUAAUUUGUUAUAAAUUAUAAAAUAUAACCAUUAUUGCAAAAAUCAUGCUUGAUGUAUAAUUUAUAUUCUAAAUGCUUUUGUAAUACUCCUA